UGACAUCCUGCUGCGCUUGUUCUUUUUGGGUCAGAAAAGCCUCGUGGGGCUUUGGGAAGCAGUCGUAAACAAACAAAUCUCUUGAGGAGCUCACACUGAGCGGCAAUGAUCAAAUACAGCAAACACGAAACAAUACCAACAGAGACUCCCCGCGGCCUAGCUAGAGCCGAUUCAUGUCAACAUGGCACCGUCUGAGGAAAACAAUCUGAGUAAACUACUAACAUCUUCAGUGUCUGGGACCUCUUUUUUGAUCGCUAUUCAAGUAUUCUCCAGGCUUUUCACUUUUGUUGCAAACCAGCUUGUUUUGCACACCUUAUCACCGGCCAUCUUGGGAGUUGCGACACAACUUGAACUCUAUCUUAUUUCAAUACUAUACUUCUCUAGGGAGAGUAUCCGGGUCGCAAUCCAGAAACAACCAUUGGGGCUUUACUUUGAUGCCCACGGCGGCAAGAAAAAGCAGGAUGAUGCGACAAAAGCGCCAUCGAGUAUUGACGCUGCGCGUCAGUCAGCUUUAUCAUCUCAGACCGUGGUGAACAUGUCUUAUCUUAGCCUGGGGCUAGGGAUCCCUUUGGCUUUGACGUUUGCUGGUUUCUAUGUGCGCUUCGCCGCAGAAGAGGUGUCUCAGACUCCUUUCUACCGCAUGAGUGUUGCUAUUACUGCUGUCUCAUCGCUGCUGGAACUCAGCGUCGAGCCCAUUUUCGCUGUGGUACAACAACACAUGCUCUACAAGAAGCGCGCAGCUGUUGAAAUGACUGCAGCGCUUGUGAAGAGCUUGGUAGUGUGCGGCUGUUUUGCUUGGGCCUCCUGGACCGGAUAUACUAUCGGCAUUCUACCAUUUGCUUUGGGUCACUUAUGUUAUUCCUGCACACUUGUCGUCGGGUACAUUCAAGUCACGCGAGACGUAAGAAAACAAUGGCGCUUCUCGUUACUUCUUUCUCGACUAAAAUCUAGAGAUCAGUCGCGCUACGUCGCGGACACGUUCUCUUGUCGGUUACUUUCAUUGUCUGCAAACUCUUUCUUCCAGUCUAUCAUCAAGCACAUCCUCACGCAAGGUGAUGCAAUUAUACUAGCAGCAAUGACAAGCUUGGAAGACCAGGGGAUAUAUUCUUUAGCCUGCAACUAUGGCGGGCUUGUCGCUCGCUUAUUAUUCCAGCCUAUUGAGGAAAGCAGCCGCAUUCUGUUCUCGUCAUUGCUUAAUUCAAGUGAGAAUAGUGCAAGCACGAAGGCCAUCAAUGCAGCAAAGGCACACCUAGUCGAUAUCCUGCGUGGGUAUGGAAUGAUGUCCGCCAUUGUCUUGCCAUUGGGACCACACUUGGUACCACAAAUGCUUAAUGCAUUGGGCGGGCAUCGAUGGGGCUCUCCUAUGGUCACUAGCUUGGUUUCACUGUACUGCUACUACAUACCAUUUUUGGCAUUCAAUGGCAUAAUUGAGGCAUUUGUCUCUGGCGCAGCAACCCCUUCAGAACUUCGAACCCAGACAGGUUGGAUGGGGGUGUUCUCUGCGUGUUUCGCCUUGGCGGCUUACUUCUUUUUGAGAAUAGCACACCUCGGUGCCCAUGGUUUGGUAUACGCCAACAUUGUCAAUAUGGCCGUUCGCAUCCUCUGGGGGAUACACUUUAUUCGAUCGUACAUGCUUCGACAUGGUAUUAGAAUGCCUUGGGCAGAAUUUGGUCUCCGGCCUUAUACGUAUGUUGUGGGAAUCGGAAUGUCCCUAGGGCUAGCAUGGCAUGGUGCCUUCGGCUUUGGCAUACGUGAAAUUCUGAAAUCCGGUGCAGUUGCAACUGCGUACGCUCUUUUGAUAAUGUAUCUUGAGAGAGAAUUCCUUAUAACAAAGUGCGAAAAACUUUAUCCGAUGUUCAAAACCAAGCUUUUGAAGCAAAAAUCGACAUGAAACAACAGCUCAAUCAUCAAAAGUGAUCUUCGUCGCUGUUUUGUCGGUAUCAACAUUCUUGAAGAAUGCACCAUAUGAGUCGUGUUGCUUCUUUUUCACAGUUGUGCCGAAUUUGAGGAGCUCUUCUGGAACCUCCUGUUUUGCUUGCUUGAGGACGUUGAUCAACCUGAUAUGUGUCAGCCAAGUGCUCCGUUUCAACUAGACGUAGCAGGAUGAGAAAUAAGACUUACGAUCCAGACUGGGCUUUGUCAAGUUCUGUGAAAAGGGUGAUGGCAUAACCUUCAGCUCCAGCACGACCAGUUCUAAAACGGAGGGGCGCAAAAUGUCAGCUGGAAUGAAUUACAUGGGUGGAAUGGCUACUAACCGUCCAAUCCGAUGUACAUAAUC